AUGAGAAUAAUCUCGUUGAUUUUGGUCAUUUCUGCCGCUUCCAAUGCCUCAGUUUUGGAUAUUUUCCAAAACAUUGGUAUUGAGUACGAAGUUUAUGGAGAAGGUCGAUUGAUUCCUGAAAAACAACAUUGCACUCCUUAUACUCUCGAUUUAUCCACAUUUUUAUCAACUUUGACAAUAAACGAGAUGAGUUCGAUUGGAAAAAGCAUUUUGAGAAAAAAGGUUGCGCAAAGUUUCUUGGGAAUUUGUCAGAAAUUCAACAUUUCAACAAAUUCGAAAGAUUCGAUUCCAAGUUCUGAUAUUAUUGUGCCGGAUCAUUUGAAUAUGCGAUUUAUGGAUCGAUUUGAAUUGGCUUGGAAUAUUUUGAAGUUUGAAAGAGAUCUCAAAUCGCUUUUCUUGGAGAACAAAAUCAAUAAUCCAUUUUUGGAGUCGAUCAAACAGGACACAAUUAGUCAAAGUGGAUCAAGCGAUGUUCUCGAUUUCUCGCAAAGAACAACUGUUUUCCCGAAAAUGUGCGAUGUUUCGAAUUUGGCAAUCGAAAUGAAUAUUUGUUUUAAUAUUUCUGAAACACCACAAAGUGGAAUGAUUUAUGCUUUGGCUCAUGGCGGAGAAUUUUUGCAUAAUGAAGAGGUUUAUGCCUAUUAUGAGGUACCGGAAUUCGUUCUUAUUACACCACAAACAGUUAUUCCUAUCGAUUUGGCGAAUUGUAAAGUUUUGGUAAGUUGAAUUGAAUUGAAUUUAUUGUUUUUUAAUGGGGAUUUUUGCAGUUCGGAACCUACAUUUAUUGUUUCGAAGAAUUGGAUACUCAAUGCGAUGUUCGAACAUUGUCAGAUUGCCCGAUUUUCGGAUAUAAAACUGAUGACGAAUUCAUGUUGACUAGAAAGUUUGGAGUUGCUAGCAUUGUUGCAACUACAGAAAAUGUAAGCAUUAAUUUUUUUUUAAUUUUCAAAAACUAAUAUUUUUAGGAAGUCGAUGUUUAUGGAAAUGGAACAAAGAUGGCAGUGCCUUCACGUGUUUCUGUUCUUCACACUCGCUUCGAAGCCGGAACCUCAGAUUCGGAACCAAUUCGAAUUCCAACUCUGACUGCUCACACAGAAACCGAAACUUCGCAAUUCGCCCAACUUCUUCCCGAAACAUUGGCCGUUUUGAAGACGAACGAGAAGACUCGCCUCUACACAACAUUGAAGCGAGGAGUGAAUAUGUUGAGUCAUAAACAUUAUGAUCAAGGAGCAUGGGAUGCUGUUCGCAGCUUUUUCGAUCGAUUUAUCUAA